UUUACUCUUAGAGGCAAUUCAUUACCCAGUGAAGAGAAGCAAAUAAGUAUUUCCAUAUUGAUGGAGAAGUUUGUUUUCUGGCGCAUGCGCAUCUAAUUAGAUUCUCCCUGUAUCUACCUUGUAUGUUUUUGUACAAGUGUCCAUUCUCAUCUUGGAUACGACAUUCGGAUAAUUCCAAUGCCUCUGAUUCAGGUGCUAUACUAAUAUUAUUGUUUAAUCAGUAAACUAAAAAAAUUGCAUUUAAACAAACUGUUGUCUGUAUACUUUUAUGUAUAGAUAAAUUGUAAAUCAGAUUCCGGGGAAUAAGGUAAAAGUCAAAUAUCAAUAUGGACUACAAACCUCCAAAACCACUGGUGGAUCCAGAAUCUAAACUUCUCUGUAGCAACGACACAUCUGCGAAAUAUGACACUCAAGUUCUGUACGAAAACGAGGGCUCGUACCAGCAAAGACAUGGGACCAAUAUGUUACACCUGUGCGUGAAAGGAUUAAAACAAAACCUUAUUCUGGUUCUUCUCUUACUAUCAGUAGUAUUUGGGUGUGCAAUCGGGUUCGGGAUUCGAGCUACAGGACAGUUAACGAAAAGAGAAAUCAUGUACUUACAAUUUCCGGGAGAAAUGUUAAUGCGCAUGCUCAAGAUGCUGAUCAUUCCAUUGGUUGUUGCAAGUUUGAUUGGCGGGAUCGCGGGACUUGAUGCUAAGACAUGCGGCAAGAUGGGGCUCCGAACGAUGGCGUAUUUUGGGACCACUACGAUGUUGGCUGUCAUCCUUGGGAUCAUAAUGGCCGUCACAAUUCGUCCAGGCUCCAAUGGCGACCAGACCGAGAUCCCUAGAUACGGGGAAGCCAAAAAACUAAACUCAGUGGAUACAUUUCUUGAUCUCAUUAGAAACAUGUUUCCGGAUAAUCUUAUUGUUGCUUGCUAUACAGGGUACAGAACAGACCUCAAUGAAAAGAAAACUGUGAAAAACGUUUCACUCAUCAACGAAAAUUCGACCUCUGAAAUGAUGAACCAAACAUUUGAACUCAAAGAGACGGUGACCCUUGAACCUUCCAAGGGAGAGACGGGUCAGUCGAACAUCCUCGGUCUGGUGGUUUUUUCCGUCUGUUUUGGGAUCGUCAUUGGCAGAAUGGGGGACAAGGGGAAGCCCCUGCUCCAUUUCUGUAACUGCGUCACAGACUGUACCAUGAAACUCUUUGUUGUCUUCAUAUGGUAUUCCCCAAUAGGAAUCACCUUCCUGAUCGCCGGUAAGAUUGUGGGUAUGGAGGAUUUCGGGGUACUGAUGACGAGGGUGGGGCUGUACUUCCUGACCGUGCUGUUCGGGCUGACCAUCCACGGGGGAGUGCUCCUCCCACUGCUGUAUUUCGUCAUCACCAGGCGGAACCCGUACGUGUUUCUAAGAGGCAUUCUGGAAGCCAUGGCAACGGCCUUUGGCACCUCGAGCAGCUCAGCAACGAUGCCAGUAACUUUGCGCUGCUUGGAAACGAAAAAUGGAAUCGACCAGAGGGUGAGCAGCUUUGUAGUUCCCGUGGGCGCUACCAUUAACAUGGACGGCACAGCGUUGUACGAAGCAGUUGCUGCCCUUUUCAUUGGUCAAGUCAACGACAUAGAUAUGUCCUUUGGUCAGAUUGUGACCAUCAGUAUAACGGCAACGGCGGCUUCUAUUGGUGCGGCAGGCGUUCCGCAAGCCGGUCUGGUUACCAUGGUAAUAGUUCUCGCAGCUGUCGGGUUGCCAAUUGAUGACGUCACCUUGAUACUUGUUGUUGAUUGGUUCCUGGAUCGAUUCCGGACCAUGACAAAUGUAGUUGGAGACAGCAUUGGGGCUGGCAUUGUUUAUCAUUUGUCCAAGGACGAAUUAUCGGGAUACAACGAAGACAAAACUGACAAUCUCAACCUCGUACGAGUUGAUAUUCCGAACGGCAAAGACGCCAUUACAGCAGUGUAAAAUAUAGGUUGAAAUUCAACUAAAAACCAUAAAAAACCAUCUUAUAUAUUUAUUAAUCGAAACAUCCUGCUGAAAAACAUUUCAUCCAAAACUUUUACACUUGGCUAUUUUCUUUAUGUCCAAGUUUUCAAAAGUUUUUUAUAUAAAUUUUUAUAUAAAUUAAACUCGAGGACUUAAAAUCAUCAGAUUCAAUUAACUUAUAGAAAUUUGAAACUUUAAUAAGAAGAUGUCUCGAUCUCUGCUGGUGAUUCAAUUCAGGGGACAGUAAGCUUGAGACAUUAAAUACACAGCUAUGAAAAACAAUUAUGAUUAUGUUUUCUUAUCUAGUAUCUGACAUGUAAUUUUAUAUUCUGAUUUACUAAUAGAUACAUGUAGCAUUGUAUAGAAUAGUGUUAGCCUACACAAUAUAUGCAUGUGUAGUAAGUUGAAAGGUGUUCACAUGCUUAUGUACGUAAGUAUAUUUGGUCUACACAGACAAUUGGAACAUAAUUCUUUCUCUUUCGACAUAAUGAAUUUCUUGAAUUGAUGAUUACUGAAAACCAACUUUUAUUCGCGUGCGCAAUAUUUUCACGAGGUUCGCGAGAACCUCGUCUUCGUGAAUUAUUGUCGCCGCAAACACGCGUGAAGAUGAUGCUUCGUCGCGAAAGUUAGUCGCCACGAACCAUGCAGUUUAUCUCAUGUUAAUCUCCAAUAAAGGUCGGUUUACAGUACUUAAUCUAGUAAUUCCGUCUUAGUUGUGUAGUUUUUAAAUCGGAAUAACCACUUACACACGACACGAUUUUGAAUUGUCAUACCUAUAUGUAUCUUUUUUCUGUUUCUAUCUUUUUAUCCGGAACUGAACGAAAACAAUGGUAAUGUGUGCACAAGAUUAGUGAACAAAAGAAAAUCUAAUCAGGAAAUAGUGAGCAAUAGAGGUGACUUCCUCUGCUAUGGCUAAGGUUCCGGGUUACACAUAGUGUAAGAUAUACAUGUACAGAGGAAACAUUGUGUCGCACGUGACCUACAACGUAGUGUACGUUAUACAAAGAUUACAUUGUGUCGCACGUGAACUCCUUGCACUGGAACUGUAUUCAGAAAGUGUGGUGCGCAUACAUAAACAUGAGAAAUACAAAGUUGGUUUCUAUCAACUACGUACAUAUAUUGUAUUUUAACACAAAUAUAUAUACUCAAUAUGUUAAAACUUAAAAUACUGAAUAUCUGACUGAAUGACAUAUUUAUUGUUUUUUUUUAACAUUUAAAGUUUAUUUUUGAAAGAUCAAGAACAGAAUUUUUUCGGUAUGUAUGUAUUUUCCCUUUCAAGACGAGUAUGUUAUCUCAGUGGUAUAUUAAAAUGAAGAAUUUUUCCUUUAAAGCUACACGUAUAUCAUAAGAAUGGUCACCGUAUUGAAAAAAUAUAUAUAUAUAGUACAUGUACUAGUUACUUGUGCAUAUUGUCCAAGAACGAUAACUAUUUUACAUUGUAAGCACCCCCCCCCCCCCC